UUGGGGGUUACUAAGCUCUUUGUUUGUAGAGAUUCAGCAACAAACCCCAAACCAUACUAAACUUAGAAGAGUGGAGGGGGAGGUGAGAGAAGAGGUAGUAGAACCAACAAAACUAGAGCCCUCCAUUUCCUUCUCAUUUAUAUAUAUAGAAUAGACUCCCUCAUUUCUCUACCUAAACUUUGAUUUUAUUCAUUUUCAGUUCUUUCCUGGAUUAGAGAAGGAGCUGGUUUUGAUUUGCAGGUAUUGAAGUAGAGAGGGGGAAGGGAAAAGUUGUGUUUCCCUUUUCUUUUUUCCCCUCUUUUUCUUUUUGGUUUGGAUUUGGUUUUGGUUUUGGUUUUGGAUUUGGAUUUGGGUUUCUCUCCAUUGCCUUUUCAUUUAAUGAGGAUUUGGGUUUAAGAGAGUGAGAUCUGAAGUGGGUUUCUUCUUCUUCCCUUAUUACACUUGUUUUGGUAUCUCGUGGGUUUCGAUUUGUAAUGGUGUGGAAGGUAAUGAGGGAGUGACUGACAGUCCAGCUCUGCCACAUUGCCUUGCGUAAUUCGGAAGACAAAUUUUGCAGAAGAGGAAAAGGGAGUGAAAGAUUCGUGCUCUUUUCGCAAAGAAAUUCCUUUAAAUCCAGGCAGAUCUAGUUGUAUUUCCUUGGGACAUUGUGGCCAAUCCAUAUCAUUGUCCUCUUCUCAGUUUCACGCUUCUGGGUUCUCUCAUCUGUGCAUUCUCUGUUCUUCUUUAACGACUUGAAAGGCGAAAAAGAAAAAACAGAGAAAUGGAAAGGCUUUCUUCGACGGCCAUUCUUCCUGAAUCGUUUCAGGGUACUAGAGAUGACAUUGCGGGGCAAUUUGGAUUCAUUUGGGAUCAGAUCAAAGCGCCUCUAAUUGUUCCACUCCUCAAGGUCGGGGUUGUAAUCUGUUUGACCAUGUCGGUCAUGCUUUUCAUCGAAAGGCUUUACAUGGGCAUCGUGAUCAUUCUUGUAAAGCUGUUUGGAAGGAAACCCGACAAACGAUACAAAUGGGAACCUCUCAAAGAUGAUGUCGAGAUGGGUAAUUCAGCUUACCCGACGGUUCUCGUUCAAAUUCCAAUGUUCAACGAAAAAGAGGUUUACCAGCUUUCCAUCGGAGCUGCUUGUGGGCUUUCAUGGCCGUCCGAUCGAAUUAUAAUCCAAGUCCUCGACGAUUCCACAGACCAAACCAUCAAGGAUAUGGUUCAACUUGAAUGCCAGAGAUGGGCAAGCAAAGGAAUCAAUAUCAAAUAUGAGGUUAGAGACAAAAGAACUGGUUACAAAGCAGGGGCUCUUAAAGAAGGAAUGAAACGAAGCUACGUGAAGAACUGCGACUACGUCGUCAUUUUCGACGCAGAUUUCCAACCAGAGCCGGAUUUCCUGUGCCGUGCCGUCCCUUUCCUUGUCCACAACCCUGAGAUCGGUCUCGUUCAAGCUCGCUGGAUAUUCGUAAACUCGGAUGAGUGUAUGAUGACUAGAAUGCAAGAGAUGUCGUUGGAUUACCAUUUCACAGUGGAGCAGGAAGUGGGAUCCUCCACCUAUGCCUUCUUUGGUUUCAACGGGACGGCUGGUGUGUGGAGGAUUGCAGCAAUCAAUGAGGCCGGCGGUUGGAAGGACCGGACCACGGUCGAGGACAUGGAUUUGGCGGUUCGAGCAAGUCUCAAGGGCUGGAAAUUCUUGUAUCUUGGUGACCUUCAGGUUAAGAAUGAAUUGCCAAGUACUUUCAAAGCCUACCGCUUCCAGCAACAUCGGUGGUCUUGUGGACCUGCUAAUCUGUUUAGGAAGAUGGUGAUGGAGAUCAUAAAGAACAAGAAAGUAACUCUGUGGAAGAAAGUAUAUGUGAUCUACAGUUUCUUCUUUGUUCGCAAAAUCAUAGCCCAUAUUGUCACCUUUUCCUUUUACUGUGUUGUAUUGCCAAUGACUAUUUUGGUUCCCGAAGUCGAAAUUCCAAAGUGGGGAGCUGUUUAUAUCCCUUGCAUCAUUACCAUUCUUAAUGCAGUUGGAACACCAAGGUCAAUCCAUCUGUUAUUUUUCUGGAUCCUUUUCGAGAAUGUCAUGUCUCUGCACCGGACCAAAGCAACCUUUAUUGGCAUUCUAGAGGCAGGGAGAGUAAAUGAAUGGGUUGUCACUGAGAAAUUGGGAGACGCUCUCAAAGCAAAACCAGCCGGUCCUAAAGCACCUAAGAAAUCUCGAUUUAGAUUUGGAGAUAGACUUAAUCUACUGGAGCUCGGAUUUGCAGCCUUCCUCUUCUUCUGUGGUUGCUAUGAUGUUGCAAAUGGGAAAAACCGCUACUUCAUAUACCUUUUCCUUCAAUCUUUCUCAUUCUGCAUCAUGGGGUUUAAUUAUGUAGGCACAUUUGUCCCCAGCUCAUAGAACGAUUGGUUAGCUGAAUACAUUGGCAAAUUCCUGUUGUUAUAUGUCAUGACAUGCCUCUCUCUCUCUCUUUCUUCUCCAAUAUAUCAUCUGUAUGGAGUUUUUCGGCAGCAUUUUUCGCAUUUGUUACUGUUUUAGCUCAUAAGAAAAAAGGCCGGUCAUUUGUUCGUGCUUGGAAGAAGCAGUUGAUUCGUGCCUUGGAGAAUUCUAUUGUGAAUACUCAAGAAGCAGGAACUUACAAAACAAAAAUGUUGUUAUGUGAAUGCAUUAUACAAAGGAGAGAAGAAGAAGAAGAAGAAGAAGAAAAAGCUAGCAGAAGCAGCAUAAGGGGGUUUGACCCAAAGUAGAUAGUGUUAACAUCUUUGCAAUGUUUGUAAUUGUGGGAUUUUGUAGCUGCAAUUUUUGUAUUCUGUUCCACCAACCCCCCCCCCUCCCAAAAUUAUAGUUUCCCUUCUCUUGGAUUUUGUUUGUGAGACAAUAAGCUCAUGGCAGGAUGGGAAAAUUAAAAUUCAUAUUUUCUUAUUUUUGCAA